AUGAGAUUCUCUUCCUCUCUUCUCGUUCUCCUUCAAGGAGCCGCAGCGGUUCAUGGCGGCGUUGUAGAGAGGCAGGCCACGGGUUGCCUGGCUUCCGCUCCGGGGUUUGCUUCUCUCAACGGCGGAACAACCGGCGGCGCCGGCGGCACAGAAGUCACCGUCAAAACCCAGGCGGAUCUUGAAAAGUACGCCAGCGCAUCCGGAAAGUAUGUCAUCAAAGUUAGCGGCCGGAUCACCAUCACGCCUCUCGGCAAGGAGAUCAAGGUUGCGAGUGACAAGACCGUCAUCGGCCUCGGCACAUCUGGCGAGCUCUACCAGGGCGGAUUGGGGUUGAACGGGGCUAAGAAUGUCAUCAUUCGAAACCUGAAGAUCGGCCACACGAACUUGAACGACGGCGUCGAGAACGACCGCGACGGGAUCCAGGCCGACACCGUCAGCAACAUCUGGAUCGACCAUUGUCUCUUUGAGAACGGCGGCGACGGGCUGCUCGACCUGCGAAAGGACACCACCUUCUUCACCGUCUCGAACAACAUCUUCCGCAACCACGACAAGAACUUCGGCAUCGGCUGGACGGAGAACGUCUCGGCCCGCGGCACCAUCAACCACAACUGGUUCGACAAGACCAACCAGCGGAACCCUUCCGCCGACAACCUCGCCCAGGUCCACCUGUACAACAACUACCUCUACGGCAUCACCUCCUACGGCCACUAUGCCCGCGGCAGCACCAAUGCGCGGGUGGAGAACGUCUUCUUUGAGAACACCAAGAACCCACUGACCAAGGACGCCGGGGCCGUGCUGAACGCGUCGGGGAACACGUACAAGAGCUGCACCGGAACCAUUGCGGCCAACUCUGGCACCUCCUUCAACCCCAAGAGCUACUAUUCUUACACUCUCACACCGACUGCCGACGUGCCUGCCUAUGUCAAAGCUAACGCGGGCCCCAAGGCCUCUGUUUGCUCUUAA